AUGCUCCAUGGAACAUUCGCGAGUCCUUACAGCAAAAGGGUUGAGUUAGCCCUCAAGCUUAAGUCCAUACCUUACCAAUUCGUGCUUGAAGAUCUCCAGAACAAGAGCCAAGCCCUUCUCCGGUACAACCCGGUUCACAAGAAGAUUCCGGUUCUUGUACACAACGGUAAACCGAUCUCUGAAUCUUUGAUUAUCAUUGAAUACAUCGACGAAACUUGGCCAAACGGUCCACGUCUUUUGCCCCAAGACCCUUACAAAAGAGCUAAAGUCCGGUUUUGGGCUAGCUACGUUCAGUUACAUCUUUUCGAUGUGGCGAUGAGAGUGGUGAAAACCGAAGGAGAAGAGCAAGAGAAAGCUCUUACAGAGGUGAAGGAGAAGCUGAGAGUCAUAGAGAAAGAAGGGCUUAAGGAGAUUUUCUCGGACACUGAUGGUCAACCGACCGUGACGAACGAGACCAUGAGCCUCGUCGACAUUGUCAUGUGCACUUUGCUUAGCCCUUACAAGGCACACGAAGAAGUUUUGGGUCUGAAGAUCAUCGACCCAGAGACAUUUCCUGGUGUCUAUGCUUGGAUCAGUGCUAUUAACCAAACUGAUGUGGUUAAAGAGCUGAGUCCUCCUUAUGAACAAGUCCUAGAGAUUCUUAGGGCUUUCAGACAAAUAUCUCUCUCCCAUUCCUGA